CGGUUCGGCCGGUGGUCUUCAGGUUCACAUCGAUUAUGCUGCGGUCCACUGCAAUGACAGCGAUGACGAACAUUAAGAUGAGGAUUAUUUUGGAGAACGCGAAGAGAACCGGGAAGAUGAGCUGGCUUGGAGAUCUAUCCAAGUGGCUACCGACACCCCAGCAUCUAUGACCCUGACGACACAUCGUUCGAAGACUACGACUUUGAAGUUGAGGAGAUUUUCUUCAACGUCUGCUUGAUACUCAGUAUCGGUAACGAUUUCGGAGUGCACUACUGACCGUAACUUGAGCUUGUGAACGCGUGGACAAGCUUGAAAAGCUCGAGUUUCCCACCACCUGAAGCUCUCUUCCUUACCACCAUCGUUGGCGUUUAACGCGGCCACAAAAAUUCAUUUACCUGUUAAUUUAUAAACGCCGUUCUGAAUCUGGCGUUGAGCUUGUGGUGUACUGUCGGUGAAAGACGUCAUCAUAUGAUAUGGUUUCCAUACCGCAAUUCCAGGAGGGAGAUCGUUAGGGGCAUAGGAUGGAGACAAGCCGAACGAUGAGAUGCUGAAUGGGUUAUUUGAAGAGUACCUCAGCCUCGUUAUGCCCCGAAUUCAAGACGAUAAAGACAACCAACCUUCCUUCCUCAUACGCUCAGUGCUGAUUAUGCAAACAACGAUGGUGUUGAUCAUGGAUCAUUUUGACCGCCUUCCGGAAGACCCAUUCGUUGGCUGUAGAAAUGAGACUGACAGAAUAACGACGUAUUUGCAGAGGGGUCCAAACAUGUACUGACGCGGCACAUGUCGUUCUUGACACGUCGUCGGGUGAGGAUUGAUUAAUAUUGUUGUCUGUUUGUUUUUGGUUGAUGAGAAGAAUGGCCGAUCCAACUGGGCCCGACAUUUCCUAUCUGAACGCAGUACCGGUUUGAAUGGGGAAGUUGCUGAAGCUGGCGGGCGUUGUGUACAGUAUCUUGAUCAGUCACCACGUCUACUUCUGUCUUGGUCAAUCGCUUUCCUGUUUAGUACGUCGGAAAUGGAUUGUACAUACAGGGCGUCGGUCAAAACAAAAAGAAAGCCAAUAGUUCAAGCUUCAAGCCUACGAAGUACGAAUACAGCUAUCAACUUCAAGGGGAGUCUCUAAUGCUCUCCGUGUAUGCUCGACGUCCAUCACUUGCACGCAAUCUUUUGAAUCAUGGCGCGGAUCCUAAUCGUUGUCCGUCAUCACUGGUGCAUCUUUAAUGGCCACCACAAUCUCAUGAAGCUUAACCUCGACCACAAGGCAGAUCUGACGUUGGGAAAUUCGAACGCUAGUGCGGCUGUGUACACGUUCAUGAAGAAUGGAGGAGAUGGAAUCAUGAGUAAGGACGAGCUGUUGAGUUUCUUGGGCGCGAAGGAAGAGGUUAAGGAGAGAACGUAUAGGUUUUGGACCGCCUAUUGGAUGCACUCGAUUAUAUUGGAGGCAAGUGACAUAUUCUAGUGUUACUUAAUCACCUUCCUCUGUAUCUACC